AUGCUUCUCGCAUCUUCCAUUCUCGCCCUCUCCCUACCCCUAAUUGCAUCUGCGCUGCCUUCUUCUUCUUCUUCCCCUUCAGCGUCAUCUGCAAUCCAUCCCUCUUUGCCCAAAGUCACAUUAUCCCCAACUAACUCGAAUACCCACCCCGUGGUCUUCCAAGGCCGCUCAAUCCCGGAAUUCAAACAGGAUGUCUUCCUGGGGAUCAAGUACGCUGACAAGCCGGUGCGGUUUACGCCUUCGGAGGUGAAGAGGGAGUAUAAAGAAAAAGCCUACAACGCAACAACCUACGGCUUCGAAUGUCCCGGCUACGGAUCCGAUCAGACGAAAUUGAUUAACGCUGGUAUGAUCCGGCAGAGUGAGGAUUGUUUGAAUCUGAAUGUUAUUCGACCGUGGCGGGGGGAAGGGAAUCCAUCGUCUGCUCAGGAUGAGCUGCUGCCUGUCCUGUUGUGGAUUUAUGGCGGUGGUUGGCAGCAGGGGGCUACGGGGGAUCCGAGGUACAAUAUGAGCUAUAUCAUCCGACAAGGCGCGGAGAGCGGAUCCCCCGUGCUCGGGGUAUCGAUCAACUAUCGAUUAGCUGCGUUUGGGUUCCUAGAUUCCGAGGAGGUUCGAGAAUCAGGAAACAAUAACCUCGGGCUGCGUGACCAGCGCGUCGCUAUGAAAUGGGUCCAGGAGAAUAUUCGCGCCUUUGGUGGUGAUCCGGAGAGGGUUACUAUUUGGGGGGAGUCAGCAGGAGCGUAUAGUGUUGGAGCGCAUCUAGUCGCCAACGGAGGAGAUCAUGAAGGUCUCUUCAGAGCUGCCAUCAUGGAAUCCGGAAACGCAGUAGGCCCGCCCUGGAACGGCACCGACUGGUAUCAGCCAAUGUAUGACCGAAUCGUCAACAAGACGGGCUGCGCCAACUCAUCCAACACGCUACAAUGCCUCCGAGACCUGCCCUAUCAAACCCUCUACGACAACGCCUCUGAAGGGCUCGAAUGGUUCGGUGCCAUAGACGGCACGUUCGUCCGCGAAUACCCCCAGAUCAGUCUCACGGAGGGUCGAUUCGCGAGGGUACCGAUCCUGCUGGGCACGAACACCGACGAAGGAACGAGUUUCGGUACGACGGGCACCGAUACGGAUGAGGAGUGUGUGGAGCAGUUGAUUUCUUCGAAGCGAUGGGUCCUCGACCGGACCCAAGCUACCAAACUCCUGGCUUUCUACCCUGACGACCCGGCUGUCGGUUGUCCCUAUGGAUGGGGCAACAAGACCUGGCCGUCACUCGGAGCCAUGUAUAAGCGGUACGAGUCGAUGGCGGGGGAUAUCACCAUGGCGGCGCCGCGACGACUAUUGGCCGCGACGAUGGCCCAGGCUGGCCAGGAAGUAUAUAGUUAUCGAUGGGACGUGGCGGCGCUGAACUCAUCGAGUACGAUUGGCGUGGGACAUUUUGCCGAGAUUCCAUUCGUCUUCGCCAACCCCGACCAAACCAUGACGCCCCUAGGCGACGACCCGAAUCGACUAGAACUAGGCAACCUAGCAGCGCGCAUGUGGACGUCGUUCGCGACGGACUUGCACCCCAAUGGCCACGGCGUGCCUCAGAUCGCGUCAUGGCCGCGGUAUGCGCCGCACAAGCCGUCGAAUUUCGUGUUUCGAUUGCCCCGUCAGGAGAGUUAUGUUGAGGCGGACACGGAUCGGGAGGAGGGGAUGGCUUAUAUUAAUGGGAUUGCGCGGUGA